UCCGGCUGGCACGUGACUUGUUCCGUGGGCGCUGGGGUCGAGGAAGCCGUGAAGCCGGGGCUUGGGUCGGGAAGGGAUGGAGCGCUGAGCCGUUAACGCCUGCCAGGCUGUCUGCCUCCGUACCUGGUACUGCUGCUGCUUCCUCGUUUGACACCUUCCUGGAGAUACUCUGAUUUUAGAAGAAAUACGUGGUGACAAACAUGACUGAGUUCUGGCUUAUAUCAGCUCCUGGGGAAAAAACUUGCCAACAAACAUGGGAGAAAUUGCAUGCAGCAACUACAAAGAACAAUACUCUUGCUACUACUUCAAAGUUCAACAUUCCUGACUUGAAGGUUGGCACACUGGAUGUCUUGGUUGGCUUGUCAGAUGAACUGGCUAAACUGGAUGCAUUUGUAGAAGGGGUGGUUAAGAAAGUGGCUCAAUAUAUGGCUGACGUCUUAGAGGAUAGUAAAGAUAAAGUUCAGGAGAAUCUGUUGGCCAAUGGAGUUGACUUGGUUACUUAUAUAACAAGGUUCCAAUGGGACAUGGCUAAAUAUCCGAUCAAGCAGUCCUUGAAAAAUAUUUCUGAAAUAAUUGCCAAGGGAGUAACUCAGAUUGACAAUGACCUGAAAUCUCGAGCAUCUGCAUAUAAUAACCUGAAAGGGAAUCUUCAGAAUUUGGAACGAAAGAAUGCAGGAAGUUUGCUAACUAGAAGUCUAGCAGAAAUUGUGAAGAAAGAUGACUUCGUUCUUGAUUCAGAGUAUCUCGUCACAUUACUGGUUGUAGUUCCCAAGUUAAACCACAACGAUUGGAUUAAACAGUAUGAAACACUGGCUGAAAUGGUAGUUCCAAGGUCUAGCAAUGUUCUCUCAGAGGACCAGGACAGUUACCUUUGUAAUGUCACCUUGUUUAGGAAGGCAGUUGAUGACUUCAGACACAAAGCCAGAGAAAACAAAUUCAUCGUCCGUGACUUCCAGUAUAAUGAAGAGGAGAUGAAAGCAGAUAAAGAAGAAAUGACCAGGCUUUCUACUGACAAGAAAAAGCAGUUUGGACCACUUGUGCGGUGGCUGAAAGUAAAUUUCAGUGAGGCGUUCAUUGCGUGGAUUCAUGUGAAAGCUUUAAGGGUUUUUGUGGAGUCUGUUUUAAGGUACGGCUUGCCAGUAAAUUUCCAGGCAAUGCUUCUUCAGCCUAAUAAGAAAACAAUGAAGAAACUAAGAGAAGUAUUACAUGAAUUGUAUAAACAUCUAGACAGCAGUGCUGCAGCCAUUAUUGAUGCGCCGAUGGACAUCCCAGGCUUAAACCUGAGUCAGCAGGAAUACUACCCCUACGUGUACUACAAGAUUGAUUGCAACUUGCUGGAAUUCAAGUAAAAAUGUGCUCUCCCGACAGCCCUGCCCUUGUGUUGGUGUGUGCUAACAAAUAGGCUGCAGAAUGACAGUACUCUAACUCUCUUACCCUUUGCUUGCUUCUUACCCCUCCCUGGUGAGUUCUCCCAUAGUGGUCUACUUCUCAAUAUUUUCUUUUUAAAAGAAAAUAAUAUGUCUUGUUCCUUUUUAUUGAUCAGGUCUGUAAAUGUGUACUACAAAAAUCAGAGUUUAUUUAUAAACAGAAUAGUUUAUUUAAAGCGAAGGCCUUUCCUCAUCAAUAUCGUGGUAUGCAUUGAUUCCAUUCGUUACUGUUGUGCACAGAAGCCUGUUUACAGGAAUGGUGUAAACAUUUAUGCCAUUUUGUUCACUGUAUUUAGUGUAGACAUAAUUGUUCAUAGUUACUGAAUUGUGAUGUAAAGAAAUGUGAUGAUAUUCAAGUAUGUGAUUUCUGAAUGUUUCAAAUUACAAUCUCUGAGCACUGUUGACACCCCACAGGAGAGAAUAAAAUUGCCUGUGCAAAGGUGUGUUGUGGUGUGUGUACCUUCAGAAGAUUCUAGUUCAGUAUGAGUCUAAUAUAUUCCAGCAGAGCCAGCUUGCUGCGCUGCCCUCAGGGUUUUGUUACAUAGAGAGAUGUGACCAUUUAUGUCUGACUUGCAUGAUUUAAAUGUGCCAAAUUUGGGUCAGCUACAAAUUUGGAUUUAUUUUUGAAAUAGAAUGGUAUUUUCAUUCAGGCUCUAUAUCUAUAGACUUUCCAUUUUUUAAAAUAGGAAGCCGGGCCAAUUCUGAGUAAGGAAUAGCAGAAC